AUGGAGGAAUGGGUCAAACCCUACAACGACGAAAGAAACCGUGGCCAUGCAACCCUACAGCGGCGACGUCGUUUGAUGCAACUCCCCUCGGUGGAACCCAAGGAAGCGCACCAUGACUCCUCCCCCCAGGAGGCGCCUCCCGACUAUAGCACUAUUUGCGGGCUAUCGGACGCCGACUGGACCAACGAAAUUCGGACGCUGACGGCCGCAUUCUAG